CUCUCACACACAACAUAGAGGUAAAAUAGAGUGAAAGGAACAAAACAGCAGGAUCUUCUCAGAAGAAACUCAACUGUGGAAAUUAUACAGCACACACAAACUGUGGAAUAUCUUUGGAUUAUCUUUUCAUUGCAUCGUGCUGUUGCUUGCUUCCUAAUGAGUGGUUCCAUGUCGUCACCGUGCCUCAGCAGCGUCCUAACUCAUGCCAACCUCACCAUGUACCAAACUAGCAGUGCCGACGUCCUGCAACAGCAGCCCAGUGUGCCCAGUCUGCAGCCCAGUUUCAACACCCUGCACAUACUUAGCCCAGGCUAUAGCCCCAGCAUGACAGGUCAGUGGUACAGGCAGGUUAACCCUCAAUGUUGGACAUCAGAACAUGUUCUUGAGUGGAUUAGCGACCAUGUUGACAGAAUUAAGUUUGAUGCAAGCACCCUGACUCUGGACUACUGCACCAUGGAUGGUGCAACCCUCUGCCAAAUGAACCAUGACCAGAUGAUUAGCAUUUUUGGCCCACAGCUUGGGCUACACCUCCACCAGAGUCUUCAGGAACACAAGACCAAAUAUGAGCUGCAAAGCCUGUCAGGAAUAGACCUAAGUGAGACCUGUCAACUCCUAGACAACUUCUUGGACAACCUGAACUUCCCUUUCCUCAGCACUCUGAAAUUUGGUGAAGCUAAUGACAAUAAGAGGGAGUUCGACUAUGGGCCUGAUUACGACUUGGAAAAAUUGGCCAUGACUCCUCUGAGAGAUAGCAGUUACUUGUCUGACAGUGAAUCCAGCACUGGUGGCAUGUUUGGCUUCCCAAAUCCCAGCUCUCCAGAGUCCAGGAGCAGCGACUCAGACCCUGAGUUCUCCUACCCUCAGAUUUCAAAGGAGAACAUGAAAACGGAGAAAGGCGUGUCCAGAGUGAAGCGACCAAGGGGUCGACCUCCUAAAAUCAACAGAGAGCAACCCAGCAGUUUCUGUGACAAUCCAAAGAAAAACAAACAUGCACCCCGUGGUACCCAUCUAUGGGAGUUCAUCAGGGACAUUCUGAUCCACCCAGAGAGAAACCAGGGCCUGAUGAAGUGGGAAGACAGGCGUGAGGGCAUUUUUAAGUUCCUCAAGUCAGAGGCUGUGGCUCAAAUGUGGGGGCAAAAGAAGAAAAACAGCAGCAUGACAUAUGAAAAACUCAGCCGUGCCAUGAGGUAUUACUACAAAAGGGAGAUCCUGGAGCGUGUGGAUGGCCGACGACUUGUCUACAAGUUUGGAAAAAAUUCCAGUGGCUGGAAGACGGAAGAGGUUGGCAUGGGCAUGUGAGGCAUCAACUAUCACGUGGGUAGAAACUGAAUGCCUAUCAAGGCAGCGGUUAAAAAAAAAAACUGGAAAUACCAGUGUGGCCUCUCCUAUCAGAUAUUGUAUAACACCCUACAUGUUAUGGACUUUUAACUUCUCUUUUAAGGGGGAGGUGUUGCAGACAAUGUAAGCCAGUGUUUUUGGCUCUAGUAGGUUUUAUGAACCAAUAUUAAUGCUGUACUUGUGUUUGGUUUAUGUAUGUUUUUGAUUUUCACUACAGAAACUACAGUAUGUGUGUGGUAACUGGGUUGUUUUGGAUGCUUGUCAACUUUGGUUUUGGU